GAUUGAGCGGAGACCAUUUCCUUCCAGCAGAAGGCCUUGCUAACUGGUGCUCCUCCACUUACACGCAAACAUACACACAUAUGCAGUCAGAGAUCAGACAACCGUCAAAGGAGAGCCACGUUUGGGAUUGUCCGAUAUUACCACCGCAAAAUCUGGAUGUCCCUAGCCGCAGGAGUUAUCCUCAUGGGCCUUCAUCGCUAAUUUGCAGCAACAUCUGGUCGACACUACAGUGGUAUCUUUUAGCUCUGAUGGUACUAGCUGAACAGUGACCACUGCCUGCCUGAGGACACCUGCUGCCCAAAUCCCCUCAUCAUGUCUGGGAUCCAUGCGCCAUGGUCGACUGGCACAGAGUGUGUAGCCAAGUAUAAUUUCCAGACGGCAAAUGAACAAGACCUGCCCUUCUGUAAAGGAGAUGUACUGACCAUCAUUGGAGCCACCAGGGAUCCAAACUGGUACAGAGCGAAGAACACGGUGGGCAGAGAGGGUACCAUUCCAGCUAACUAUGUCCAGAAAAGGGAGGGAGUCAAGUCAGGAGGGAAACUCAGCCUCAUGCCCUGGUUUCAUGGGAAGAUAACUCGUGAGCAGGCAGAGCGGCUCCUCUACCCUCCAGAGACGGGUCUGUUCCUGGUGAGGGAGAGCACCAACUAUCCUGGUGACUACACCUUGUGCGUCAGCUGCGACGGGAAGGUGGAGCACUACCGCAUCAUCUACCACAACGGCAAACUCACCAUCGAUGAAGAGGAGUACUUUGAGAAUCUCAUGCAGCUGGUGGAGCACUACACCAAAGACGCUGAUGGCCUUUGUACCAGGCUGAUUAAACCCAAGUUGAUGGAGGGGACAGUGGCGGCUCAGGACGAGUUCUCCAGGAGUGGUUGGGCCUUGAAUAGAAAGGAGCUGAAACUCCUCCAGACUAUUGGCAAAGGGGAGUUUGGAGAUGUGAUGGUGGGAGACUACAGAGGGACCAAGGUGGCAGUCAAGUGCAUCAAAAAUGAUGCGACAGCACAGGCUUUCAUCGCCGAGGCCUCCGUCAUGACGCAACUGAGGCACAACAACCUGGUGCAGUUGCUAGGUGUCAUUGUCGAAGAGAGGGGCAGUCUCUACAUUGUCACAGAGUACAUGGCUAAGGGCAGCCUAGUGGACUACCUGCGCUCCAGAGGACGGACCGUUCUCGGUGGAGACUGCUUACUCAAGUUCUCACUGGAUGUGUGUGAAGCCAUGGAGUAUCUGGAGGCCAACAACUUCGUCCACAGAGAUCUGGCAGCUCGUAACGUGCUGGUGUCUGACGACAACAUCGCCAAGGUCAGCGACUUCGGCCUCACCAAAGAGGCCUCUUCUAUUCAGGACACUGCCAAGCUGCCCGUCAAGUGGACCUCCCCCGAAGCACUAAGAGAGAAGCGGUUUUCCACCAAGUCGGACGUGUGGAGUUAUGGAAUCUUACUUUGGGAGAUUUACUCCUUUGGCCGUGUGCCUUACCCUAGAAUUCCGCUGAAAGACGUGGUGCCACGGGUAGAGAAGGGGUACAAGAUGGAUGCCCCAGACGGCUGCCCGCCCGUGGUGUACGACCUGAUGAAGCAGUGCUGGACCCUGGACCCCGUGAUACGGCCCUCCUUCCGCAUGCUGAGGGAGAAGUUGCAGCAUAUCAGAGCCAAGGAGCUCUACCUGUGAAGAGGAGGUGCAGAUGAGGGGGAGCGGGGGCGUAAAGGGAGAGAGAAAGAGGGGCAACAUGCAACCUCAGCACAGAUGGAUACUAGGAGGAGGAGAAGGAGAAGUGGGACCACAGCACCUUCCUCCUGGUUGCACAGCCUGUUGACUUGUGGGACUGCCAUAUUGUGCCCCCCUCCCCAGACCUCAGACGUCCACCAGCCGUCCUCUGCUUCCACACUAGGACUGUUUUUCUGUUUGUGUUGUAUAACUUUUGCCAGACAACUUCCUGUUCUCUGGACAGGCCGCUGCCCCUUCCUUCCUCUCCUCCCUUUCUCACCAUCACCUGGUCGAAGCUGCUCUUCUUCCUCCACCUUCAUGAUCCCUCUUUCUUCUUUGUGUUUCUACCCCUCAUCCUCCUCCCCCCCCUGAAACAUGGCAUUAACUGGAGGGGGGGCUGGCCUUUUCCUCCACGUUUGUCAGGUGCUCUUAUUUCUUCACCCCACCCCUCCUUUAUCAUUCCUGGAUCCCCACAUCGUCAUGUGAUUCUGCAUGCCUUUCAGCCCAGCUCUGCCAUUCCAUCCUUCCUUCGCUCCUCACCUCCCCCCUCGGUCGUGUUGUCAGGUGUGGGGCCUUCGCUCUGUGCCAAAGUGCCUCCAGUCUACAGGGCGCCAGACUUCCCUCCAACUCUUCUUUUAAUUGGACUGUUGAGGUUUCAUUUUUUAUUACUUUUUUAAGGCAAUCUUUUUUUAUUGCUUUCUCUUUUUUUCAGGGAGUUUAUUUUUCUUUCUUUUUUUAUUAUUAUUACAGUUGUCUCCCCCACCUCCAUCAUCCCCACUUCAGAUUUUUUUUUUUUUUUUUUUGGCUGCUUUUGGUUACCCCCCCUCCCACGUGUCCAUGAAGAGCACAUGAACAGGAAAUGAGGGGAUUUGGGGCCCAGUUUUAAUGUUUGCAGCCCAAAAGAGUGGCGUAGGGUGGUAGUGGUGGGGGGCAGGAUUAUAACAUGGGAAGAAGAUGGGGGGAGAGGCAGUUCACAAACAUGGUUGAUUCAUCAUAUGUGAGCUUGUUUUUAUAUCAAAAUAUAUUUAAAGGAUUACAAAAAAAAGGAAAAAAAAAAAAGGAACAAGGAAAAAAGCUGAGCGGGACAGAACAGAAAAGGACUGAGGAGCCAGGAGUGUCUUGGCCUUCAACAUGUUGGGUGUCUCUGAACUCUGGGGUUGGGGUGGUGCAUGCUGUGUGUGAGAGGCCUUGGGUUCAACUGUCAGUGCUUUCAAUGUUAAUUGUUUUAUUAUGCUAUCAUGAUUAUGAAUAAAUCAUUCCAUCUGAA